GCUCUCCAUCUGAAGCAGCGCCACACUGGAGCACUAAUGAGCAGGCUGAGAGCAGCCUCGGCACACAGAUCUCCCAUCAGCUGAGGUGAAGAAGCAGCUCUGACGGCGUUCCAGGCACUGAUCUGCUGUCAGCCAAGAGACGACGGUUGAAGGUAAACGACGUUGCCAGGAAAGGCGUGGGAGAGGUGGUGAAGAGUUAUCAAAGGCAAAAGCAGAGAGAGUGGAGAAAGACAAGUCUGCUCCGGUGUAGAAACCAGUCCACUUCGCACUUGGAGGCUGACCCUCGGUUCACUUUCCCUGCUGAGAGGAGCACCGAUCCCCUUUGAGCCAUGGAGGAGACACUCACCUGUAGUCGGAGCCCUUUCUCCCAGGUGUUUGGGCGUCAGGGUCAACUCAUGCAAGCCACCGUGCAGUCUUUGAACAGUCUGAAUGACCAGAUAGCAAGCUUCAUGGUGACUGGACCCAAGUCUGUGGAGCCGGAGGAGAAGGUCCCCUUUGCACCUCCUGAGAAGGAGACCCUGCAGAAGUCCAUGAACUUGAUGAGGCACCUCCUUGUGGAUGCCCAGGCAAAAAUCCUGAAAAUGAUGGAUGACAACAAGCAGCUGGCCCAGCGCAUCGAUGGGGCCAUCCAGUCCGCCAGCCAGGAGGUGACCAACCUGCGGUCGGAGCUGAGCGCCACCAGCCGCAGACUGGCUGAGCUGGGAGCUACGGACUCCUCUGCCAGCAUGACGGAGACCCUGCAGCACAACCACAAUGAUGCAUCUCCUCACCACAAGCAGAAGCCAUCAGCAACUGACCUCUGCUACAAAACUGAAAUCAGCAGCCUGAUGGACUUCAACUCUCCUGACGCCUCCCUCGACAAAGUUCUGCUGCGUGAGGAGGUGGCCCAGCUCCAGGAGGAAGUGCACCUGCUGCGGCAGAUGAAGGACAUGUUGAGUAAGGACUUGGAGGAGAACCAGGGAUGCUGCUCGGCUGACGUUCUUUCUGCCACGGAGCUCCGAGUGCAGCUGGCUCAGAAGGAGCAGGAGCUGGACCGAGCCAAGGAGGCUUUACAGGCCAUGAAGUCAGAUCGUAAGCGUCUCAAGGCGGAGAAAGCUGACCUGGUGAAUCAGAUGCAGCAACUUUACGCCACACUGGAAAGCCGAGAAGAGCAGCUUCGUGACUUCAUACGCAACUACGAGCAGCACAGAAAAGAGAGCGAGGAUGCAGUAAAGGCUCUGGCUAAGGAGAAAGACCUGCUGGAAAGAGAAAAGUGGGACCUGCGACGGCAGACCAAGGAAGCCACCGAGCACACGGGGAUGCUGCGUUCACAGCUCGAACUCAAAGAGAACCGCAUCAAGGAGCUGGAGGCAGAACUCGCAAUGGCCAAGCAGUCAUUAGCCACCCUGACAAAGGGCGUGCCCAAGCGUCACUCCUUGGCCAUGCCGACGGAGGCGGUCGUCAACGGCAACAACCAGGAAUGGGUGAUGCAGGCUGAUCUUCCUCUGACUGCUGCCAUCCGACAGAGUCAGCAGACCCUCUAUGUCCACUCAGUGCAUCCUAUUGACCGACAAGUGGCAGCUGUGCGGGUGAGCCCGUGCCACUCGCGCCAGCCCUCCAUCAUCUCUGAUGCCUCGGCGAUGGAGGGGGAUCGCUCAUCCACGCCCAGCGACAUCAACUCGCCUCGGCACCGGACUCAUUCCCUCUGCAACUCCCUAGAAGAUCUGGAGGAGGCAAAGCGUAAGAAGAAGAAAGAGAAGAUGGGGCUGGGCUCGCUGUCGCGCGUCUUUGCCCGGGGAAAGCAGCGCAAGUCCAUGGACCCGGGCCUGUUUGAUGGUACUUCAACACCUGAUUAUUACAUAGAGGAGGAUGCAGACUGGUAAAGCACACCACCUGAAGAGCACUUAUCAGAGGACGACAUUGGGCUCAUUCUUACGGGAGAAUGAGUGUACAGAUAAAACAUUACGUGUGCCUGUGUAGUCUCACCUGCACGCAUACUUGUAGGUGUGUGUGCGUGACAGUGUGCACGUGCGUGUGUUACCCGUGGUCAGCAGCCGUGUCAGGACUUGGUUUUGUUUUGCUGAGAUGUAAACCUUAACAGGUAAAUGCACUUGUGUAUGUACAGUCCUGUAAAUAGCAUGGAGAGGGAAACACGGCAACAACACGGACUUGUUCCACCUGCUCUCCCAAACUGCUGUGUUAUCUCAUCUUCUGAAUGUUCUCUUUUUUUUUUGUUGUUUUCGUUCAGCUGGAAACUUGAAGGACUGCUGUACUUGUAAAUAACAACACAUGUUGUGCACUUUUGCGUGUAAAUGUCUCCACGUCCCGAAUGCCCCUUUUUUGUUAUUUUUGACAUGCACUCCCCUCACACCUCUAAAAUCCCUCCCUGUUUAUCGUCCUGCCUGGUGCACCUCCCUUCCCUCCCACACUACCACGACGAGAACAGUUUCCUGUAGGCGACAUGCAGACUCCUCAAUUCCACCAUCAAUUUGGUCUUCAAGUGAAGAGGCGCUCAUUUACGUGUCCUCAAAGGCCUUAAAGAAGCAGCGCUGUAUGCUUUGAACAAUGAAGCCCAACAGGAAAUGCAAGAACUGUGGUUUCUAUCUGCUCAGAUAGAAGAUGCAUACCUAACAUGUGACAUGCAUGCACGUGGUUUCAGUUUGCAAAUGCAUGCUGAAUUCUACCCUACCUAAAACAGAACGUAUAUUAAGAAUGUGGGUAAAAAAGAGAGGUCAGUUCAUGAUUCCUACAACUUUAAAGGAUCCGAUUUCCUCAUGUCACCUUUUGUUUGUCUAAAAGAGUUAUAAAUAAAACCAACUGGACUUCUUUGGUUUCAUGAAGAUGUGUCGCUUCUCAUCCAAGGAGCUUUGUCAAUUCUGAAUAGGAAUAUGGGAGAGUCAAGCUUUUAAACUGUAGCUUUCUGUUGUUGCUUAACGAACUGAAACUACGUGUGAAUACCCCUCCUCUCUACCUCCUGAUAUUCAUAGGUAGUUUCAGCUCCUUAAGUAAAAACAGACUAGCCUGGCAAAUAUAUUAUUUAGCCCGGCAACACGCCAUUGACGGCUCUCGGUCGUGGGUCGGGUUCUACCGUUGUCUUUCAAAUUAUCUCAACAUGCUAGUGGACAAUGAACGAUCGCUGUGAUUGGCUCACCACUGUGGACCAAUCACAGCGCUCUAUAGGAUUGAAACCCCUUUAGAGAGAUGCGAUUGGCCAGCCAGAAUGCUGCUAGGGGCUGCGGAGGUUCCAAUGGAACGUUCCUAGACCAAAGUUUGCAAAGCAAGAAUCUGGUCCAGUUCACGGCUAACACCAGGCUAACAGUUUAAAAGAUCGGCCCUCCCAUGUUCCAAUCAGAAUUGACAAAGCUCCUUAGAUGAGAAGCAAAAAGUCUCCAAGAAACCAAGAGUCCAGUUGUCUUCAUUUAAAACCCCUUUGGAUCACCAUGAGCUGGAUGACUGAGAACCUUCACCAGCACCUUUAGUUUUUGUUGCUUUGAUUAACUUGAGGAGAAUUCCGUCCAGCACCAGCUGCAGAUUAAUUUUAAUCUGCACCUGCGAGGCAAAAUUGUCAUGCAAAAUUACAUUUGAAAUAUUAAAGAUCUGCAAAAGUCACUAAGGAGACCAAGCUUUGAAUCUACGGAUAAUUAUUCCACUUAUUCAUGAAGCUUUGUCCUCAUUUCUUUCUGCACAAUCUUAUUGAUGCUUGCAGCGAUCAUUAUAUUAAUACUCCCCCCAAAAAGCUGCUGGAGGUAGAGUUAAAUCCCCAGAAGUCUGUCUGAAAUAAGAAAAUAGAUCUAAACCCCCCGGUCGUGACUUUUACACACCUUUGGAAUUAGGGUCAUUUUAAACGAUGACCAGAAACAUAAUUAAGAGGUGAAUAUAUGAAGCAAUUUAACAUUUUCACCUCUGAAUGUUAAAAAUCAGGGUCUGACCGCUCUAAUCACGUAAGGGCAAAGCUUUUUCGGCUCACCAGAAAUUCUCGUGCACUGUUUAAAUCCACCUCGGGGACAAAAGAAAAAAAAAAGCAAUUAACUUUGUGCCAAAGGUUAAUAGCGUUCCUUUCUUUAAGCAAAAGAAUGUCUGUACACACUGGAUUGUUGUCAUCCUGGAUUGAGUUUGAGUCUGCACCGACCCCACUGGAAAGCUUUUCUCCUCCUGAUGUUGAACUAACACGUUCAUCAUCGUCGCGAAAACCCAAAGAAGUGUCCAAUUACGCCAACGAUGUUCAUCAAGAGAAGGCAGAAAUGCAGCGAGGUGACUCUUUGAGCUUUUUGUUAAAUCACAAGAUUUUAAUUCUUUAAAAAAUCACCAUGUAUCCAUCAGCUAGGUCAUAUAUUUACCAUUUAUUGUCAUUUAUAAACGUUUUCAUUUAACCAGCUUAAUUCGGCUCAUGGGGAAGCGACACAUCAAAAGAACCACAUCGUCUUAUUUCUUAUUUUUGAGCCACGCUCUUUUGUUUAUUUGCCAUGAAUAUUUCAAUUUUUUUUGUAAAUGAGAUAAUGUUGCAGAAAAUAAUGAAUAUUAUAAAUAUUAUUAUUAAAGAGUUUUAUUUAAAGUCGAAGAUGUAGGCCUCAGUGGAGGACUUCUGCUCCGAAGCCCUGAGAUGUUUAGAAGUAGAAACUUUUUAAGGCAUGGCAACAAAGUUACGGUCAGAAGUUAAAUGACAAAAGAUUAUUUUAAAAUAAAAUAAAUAUUGCUUUUCA